CUGCCGCCGCCGUCCCUGCCUGGCUGAGGUGGCAGCAGGGGGCGGGACGCGCAGCGCUAUGGCCGAGGGCAGCGGGGAAGUGGUCGCAGUGUCUGCGACCGGGGCUGCCAACGGCCUCAACAAUGGGGUAGGCGGGACCUCGGCGACGACCAGCAACCCGCUGUCGCGCAAGCUGCAUAAGAUCCUGGAGACGCGACUGGACAACGACAAGGAGAUGUUAGAAGCUCUCAAGGCACUUUCAACCUUUUUUGUUGAAAAUAGUCUGCGGACUCGAAGAAAUUUACGUGGAGAUAUUGAACGUAAAAGUUUAGCCAUCAAUGAAGAAUUUGUAAGCAUUUUCAAGGAAGUGAAGGAGGAACUUGAAAGCAUAAGCGAAGAUGUUCAAGCAAUGAGCAACUGUUGUCAAGAUAUGACAAGUCGCCUACAGGCAGCAAAGGAACAGACUCAAGAUUUAAUAGUAAAAACCACUAAGCUUCAAUCUGAAAGCCAAAAAUUAGAGAUAAGAGCACAAGUUGCAGAUGCCUUCUUAUCCAAGUUCCAGCUGACUUCUGAUGAAAUGAGUCUUCUCCGAGGUACAAGAGAAGGACCCAUUACUGAGGAUUUUUUCAAGGCACUGGGAAGAGUAAAACAGAUUCAUAAUGAUGUCAAAGUUCUCUUGCGUACAAAUCAACAAACGGCAGGUUUAGAAAUUAUGGAACAGAUGGCCUUACUUCAAGAAACGGCUUAUGAAAGACUUUACCGAUGGGCUCAAAGUGAAUGCAGAACAUUGACACAAGAAUCAUGUGAUGUAUCUCCAGUAUUGACACAGGCAAUGGAAGCCCUGCAGGACAGACCUGUCUUAUAUAAAUAUACCUUAGAUGAAUUUGGAACAGCCAGAAGAAGUACAGUUGUUCGUGGAUUUAUUGAUGCGCUCACAAGAGGGGGCCCCGGAGGUACACCUAGACCAAUUGAAAUGCAUUCUCAUGACCCUUUGAGGUAUGUAGGAGAUAUGUUGGCUUGGCUCCAUCAAGCUACUGCUUCUGAAAAGGAACACCUUGAAGCUCUCUUAAAGCAUGUAACUACACAAGGUGUUGAAGAAAAUAUUCAAGAAGUUGUUGGCCAUAUCACUGAAGGUGUGUGCAGGCCUCUAAAGGUUCGAAUUGAGCAAGUAAUAGUUGCUGAACCUGGGGCAGUUUUAUUAUAUAAAAUUUCUAAUCUCCUCAAAUUUUAUCACCAUACAAUCAGUGGUAUUGUUGGAAAUAGUGCAACUACAUUAUUGACUACCGUUGAAGAAAUGCAUUUGCUAAGCAAAAAAAUAUUCUUCAAUAGCUUGAGUCUUCAUGCAAGUAAAUUAAUGGACAAGAUUGAACUCCCACCACCUGAUCUUGGACCAAGUUCUGCACUAAAUCAGACACUCAUGUUGCUGCGUGAAGUUUUAGCAUCUCACGAUUCUUCAGUUGUACCAUUAGAUGCUCGUCAAGCUGAUUUUGUGCAGGUUUUAUCAUGUGUCUUGGAUCCUCUCCUACAGAUGUGUACUGUAUCAGCCAGCAAUUUAGGCACAGCUGACAUGGCCACUUUCAUGGUCAAUUCACUGUAUAUGAUGAAGACAACAUUAGCUCUAUUUGAAUUCACUGACAGACGUCUGGAAAUGCUCCAGUUUCAGAUCGAAGCACAUUUGGACACACUUAUAAAUGAGCAAGCCUCUUAUGUUUUAACUAGGGUAGGCUUGAGUUACAUCUAUAACACUGUACAGCAACAUAAACCUGAACAGGGCUCUUUAGCUAAUAUGCCCAACCUAGAUUCUGUGACACUGAAGGCUGCAAUGGUUCAGUUUGAUCGUUAUCUGUCAGCCCCAGACAACCUAUUGAUACCACAGCUGAACUUUCUUCUAAGUGCCACAGUGAAAGGAAGUGGUCUGGAAAAGUGCCAGCCAGGCUGUGUGACUUCUCAGGUUCAACAUCAUGGAGAUGAGAAAGACCAAAUGGCACCCAGGAUCCUGCUGAAAUCAGAGGCAUAAAUCUCAGCUGGAAGCAUGAGGAGCAAUUCAGGAACCCUUGAAUAGAUCCUUUCAGAUUCUUAGUGUGGCUUCAUUGAACAAGACCUCUCCAGGGUUCUGUCCUAAAGUCACCUCAGAAAGCUGUGUCUCUGACAUCACAGGAAGGGGACCCAGGGCCAGAAAUCACUUCAGAAUCAUUCACCUCAAUUUUACCUCUGAGAAUUGAGCUGUCAUGAACAAACAUUACAAGAAUGCUCAAGAAUCUGGCUACCAAAUAGUCCAUAGAGAUAUUAUCCUAGAUUAAAUAAAAUUAAGAAACAUUUAUUAGGUACCUACUCUAUGCAAGUCACAGUAUUUCUUAAAUUGGAAGAAACUUGCUGAUGGAUGAAGAAUGAAUAGAAUUUUAACCCGUGCAGGACUUAAAGAAAAUAAUUGCUAUCUGCUCCAGUCAAAGUCCACAGUGACAUUCCAAGAACAUGUGUCAGGAAAUUGACUGAGAAGACAGUUUUGAAUUUUUGACUUACAAAUGCAUUGAGUUCAAACUAGAAACCAAAAUCUACCUUUUUGCCUACUUUUCUCAAGUACAGCCAUCACACCAACAAGCUUGCUUUCAAAAAGAGAAAAGAAGAUGUUUGAUAGGAUCAGAAUAUCCCAACUCCUGAUACCUGACCAAAUUAAAUUUUAAUGUUCAGAACUUUGCUUUUCAAUAUAUAAAGCAACAUGAUGGCUGGCACCAAGGAAGGCAAGACCACCAGUAAUCUAAAUGUUACCCUCAGGCAUGCAUGCCCCGGCAGCUGACCCUUCCCUGAAAGAAAUGUCCCUUCUAUUCAAAGGCGAUGUGUGGGGUGAAGUAAUUUAUUAAUUUAUUAAUACAAGAAGUAAAAAAUACUAUUUUUGGCCCAAUAUCCAUAUUAAUAUGGAAGAAAUGCGAAAAGAAACCCCAUGAGUUCUCAAUGUAUUACACUUUCAGCCAACUUAAUAGAAGACUUGGCUUUGGGAUAAAUGCUUGGAUGUUUUAUAAACACUAUUAUUUAGGGAGGUCUGAGGGCAUCUGGACAUAGAAUAUUAUUUUCAAGUUAUAGCACUUAAUUUUUCAGGCAAAACUUACCCUUCAGAAUGGAAUAUGAGCCAUUUAAUUUCCCCUUGUGUUUAGUCAUAUGAAAAAAUGCCACACAAGGAACCGGGCAGAGAAGCAAAGAUAAGAGCUAGUCUUUUCCUUGCACAAAAAUCUGCACGAGGAAAGGCAAUGGCUCUUGUUACUGUGCACAGAUGCGUGGCUGUGAACCGCAUAGCUUUCUUUUCUUCUUGGAAAAUGGCCUCAAAUUAGUCUAGGACAUUGGAUGAACUGUUGCUAACUAAGUAAAAAGUUCAUUACUCUCUGCAACAGUGAAUGCCAUUGAGUUAUAUCAACGGUUCUGAAUUCUUUUUUCUCCAAGAGCCCCAUUUGGCCUCUAAAUCUCUUUCACAACUCCUCUCCCCUUCUUAAAGAUGUUUCCUAUUCACUGUGAGAUUCUCAUCCAAGGAAAAUAAAUGGAGGUGAAGGGCCUGGGGGUUGGGACAAGGAUGCAGAGGGGAGCUGUUUUAGAGAAGAGAAGGGGAGGUGAGAGCUGCUACCCACAUAAUACAUGGGCGCUUAUUAGAGGGCUGGAGGACUCUUUUUUGGCAAACAUCAAAUUAGGUCCAAGCAUUCAUCCCAAUUCACUGGAACGUGCAAAAUCAGUUGACAGGUUGGAGAAGAGAGGUUUUUAAAAGUUAACAUUUGUUUUUCCCCUGAAAAUAUGAAAUGACUGUGGGCUGCAGAAAAAAAGUAGGAGCAAAUGCGGAGGGUUUUUUUUUUUUUUUAGUGUGAGAAACUAAAUGGCUGGAAUAGAACUGUUUCAUAUUUUAGAUGCAGGCUGUGAUAGCUGAAUAACCUUCUUAUUUUGACUCACAGCUUGAUACAAUGCAGGCUUUCAUUGCAUGAAGAGCCACAGCAAAGAGUUUUGGGCCAUUUUCUCUUUUUAUUCAUUUUCUAAGCCCCAUCCCUCUCCCACCCCAAUUCCCCCAUUUCCUCUGUCUGGGUUUGAAUAGCUGAAGUGUGCCCACAAUAUGUAUGCACUAGACACAUUGUUACCUCCCUUUUACCAAAAGCACCUGGCAGGGUCACCAGUCCCAAGUCCCCCCAUGGAGCCUGGCUUAACUCUUUGAGUGAAAAACAUCCAAAUAUAUUUUUCAAAUAAUUUUAACAAAUAUUAGAAAUAGUCUAACAAAUGAUUUUAAUUAAUACUUUAUGGGAAGAGAAUUAAACCUGUUAUAUUUGGUUGUUUUAUAAUUUUCUUUCUAAUUUCCUCUCUUCUCAAACCCUUUUCCCUUGGGUUCUUAACUUACAAUGUGAACUUGUUCUUUCCCAGCUGAAUCAGUGGGAGAUGAUAUCAUUCAUUGAUUUUAAAUCUAAAUCUGAAAAUAUCUACAGACUUUGUGGUCACAGAACAAGCAACCACACAUACUGGGUAAAGGAGAAAACAUUACCCAUUGUGCAGAAAAGCCUAGGAAUCAUCAGAUGCUUCAUAUUUCUAGAAACCUUGCUCUUUUCAAGAGGCCAGAGGGCCAUCAGAGCAUAACUCUUCAGCUUUCUGCUUCCAGCCAAUAUGGAGUAACAGGGACUAGAGGUACCCUUCUGUCCGAAACAACCAAAAAUCUGAAAAAACUAUGAAAUAAUCAUUUCAAGACACUGGACAACAGGUAGCUUAAGAUAACCUAAAGCAGAUGCAGAUCUAUUUUAGUUAGAAUUUGUAGUUUGGGCAAUAAGGAAAAGAGUUUAAUUUCUUCCUUGGUGGAGGUGUAGAAUGUUGGACAUGCUGCUUGUAGUAACCUGUGGGUGGCCCCAUUCUUGUCCAGGUCAGACAAGAGUCUUCCCUAAAUCCUGUGUGCCAUGGAUCUUCAAGACGUGCACCAGAAAUGGGUUUUGAUGGGUAGAAAACCUCAUCUCUCCUCAUUUUCAUCCAGACUGAGGAUGAAAUGAAAAUGAGGGCUACACCUGGCCUUGAACAUGAGCACAAACUGAUUGUGUUUGGAGCCACAGUAGAAGACAGGAGCCAUAGGAAGUCAGGGGCUGCCUACCCCCAUCACAACAGCGGCUAGCAAUGGCCUUCUUAGGGGCAGCACCUAGACCACGGUGUUCGGGGGGAACAGCAUGUCUGGAGUCUGUGGCUCACCUGCCCAUAAGAUGCCUUUUUCCCAUGGGAUGUGACUGGUGGAUAGGUUAGAAACUAGGACUUUGAAUCCUGAUUUGAAAAGUAAGUGUGAUUCUUGAGGGAGCUUCUAGGGUGCUGCGAAUGUCCUGUUCCUUGAUCUGGAUGAUGUUUAGACAAGUAUGUUUAUUUUGUGAUCAUUCAUCAAGCUGUAUAUUGAUGACUGUGAACUUUUCUAUACAUAUAUUAUAGUUCAGCAAAAAGUUAAACAAGCAUAGUGGUUCACAUUAAUUAUGUCUUUUGUAAACUGACCCUGUUUUGAUCCAAUUACUUCAUUAUAGAAGAAUGUAUUAGUAAAGCUCGAGUAUUGAUUUCACCUCAUAUUUUUAAUGAUGAUCUUAGAGGUCUUACAUAUUUUCAAAUAACAAAUAAGAAUUCAUUCUCUUUAUUCCUGCAGGUGGAGACAAAGCUAUAUCAUUCAAUCCUAUGCCCUUUGUUAGGAAAUAUUUACUUUUUAAAUGGAAAUAAAUAUUGUCAUUGACAAGAGUGUGGCAGCCAUUGGGCAAGUAGGAUGGUAUUGUUUAGAAACUUAUGAUGCUCAACAACACAAAAGCCUGGAUGUUUUAGUUACCAGAUGACUAAUAUUUGUUUGUUCAUUUUUGUUCUGUUUUGUUUUGUUUUCUUUUUUUCCAUUCCUAAUGUCAUAAAUAAACACAAUGCCUUAUUUUAAAA